AGGGUGUUGCCGUUAAAAUUUCAGUUGAUAUUUUGAGUACUAGAUUGUUUACCUCCACCACACAAACAAAAACUGAAACAUAACAUAUGGCCAACGGUUCCAGUUCCAGUUCCAGACAGUUUCACUACGAUUGAAACUCCAGCUCUCAUCGGAGUAGAAGAGGCAAGCAGCAGCUCAAUAGCCCCAUGGCUGCCACUGCCACUACCUCUCACUUUCUCUCUAAAUUCGAUGUUGCUAAACACCCUUUUCACAGUUCUCACAAGCUCUCUAGAAACCGCAGUUCCUCACUUUGUAUCCGACCCAACUCCUCUAAACAUAGCAACUCCAGCACUUCGCUCGAAACCUCACCCCAACAACAGCAGCAGCCUAGGAAACCCCAAUCCCCUAUCCCUCCCAAACCUGUAAAUGUCCCCGAAUCUAACCCCUCUGUUUCGCUUUUUGACAGGUUAAGAGAUGGGUUUAAGAUAGAUGAGCUUGGUUUAGAGAUUUUAUCUAUUGCACUGCCUGCUGCAUUGGCUUUGGCUGCUGAUCCCAUUGCUUCACUUGUUGAUACAGCCUUUGUUGGCCAUUUGGGGUCGGUUGAAUUGGCGGCAGUUGGGGUAUCUGUAUCGAUAUUCAAUCUGGUGUCGAAAUUGUUUAAUGUUCCUUUACUUAAUAUCACAACAUCCUUCGUUGCUGAAGAGCAAGCAUUGACUAGUAAAAGCAAGGAUGAUGGUGAAUUUGAGCAUCAAGGCAAGAAAGUUCUUCCCUCAGUGUCCACUUCCUUGGCACUUGCUGCUGGACUUGGCAUUGCAGAAGCGGUUGUACUCUCAGUUGGCUCGGGUUUCUUAAUGAAUAUCAUGGGUAUACCUAUGGAUUCGUCGAUGCGUGGACCAGCGGAGCAGUUUCUGACAUGGAGAGCCUUUGGUGCCCCACCAGUCGUAAUUGCACUUGCUGCUCAAGGCACUUUUCGUGGAUUUAAGGAUACAAAGACACCUUUGUAUGCCAUUGGUGCAGGCACCUUACUAAAUGCAAUAUUGGAUGUAAUCUUGAUAUUUCCCUUUGGUUUUGGCGUUGGUGGUGCUGCAGUUGCUACUGUGAUUUCUGAAUAUCUGAUUGCUAUUAUACUUCUGUGGGAGUUGAAUGGAAAAGUUGAACUGAUCUCUCCUAAAAUUGACUGGAGUAAAGUUUCCCUCUACUUCAAAUCUGGUGGACUACUUAUUGGUAGGACAAUAGCCACUCUUGGAACUCUCACACUUGCAACAUCACUGGCAGCUAGGCAGGGCCCUAUUCCUAUGGCUGGUCAUCAGAUUUGUGUACAAAUUUGGUUGGCUGUAUCUUUGUUAACUGAUGCUUUAGCACUCUCUGGUCAGGCUCUUCUUGCAACUAAUUACUCCCAAGCGAAUUACCAACAAGCUCGCAAAGUGAUUUACAGUGUUCUAAAGAUUGGUUUAGCAACAGGGUUUCCUUUGGCUGUCUUUUUAUUCAUUGGAUUUGAAGCACUUUCUGGCUUAUUUACCACGGAUGCAGAAGUUCUCCAAAUUGCCUGGUCGGGUACAUUGUUUGUUGCUGGGUCGCAACCAGUGAAUGCCGUAGCUUUUGUUCUUGAUGGACUCUAUUAUGGGGUUUCAGACUAUGAAUAUGCUGCAGUGUCUAUGGUGGUAGUUGGAUUGAUCUCAAGUGCAUUCCUACUUGUAGCUGCUCCUUUAUUCAGUGUUGGUGGAGUGUGGACUGGCUUAUUUCUCUUCAUGACCUUACGUGUGGUUGCUGGAUUUUGGAGGUUGGGCACAAAAAGUGGACCGUGGAAAAUGAUUUACUGUGAUAUGGAGAAAGGAAAGGGAUAAGAAGAAUGCAGCUAAGUGGGCAAUGGCCAAAGCUUUCAGGAUGGUGCACUGCACAGCAUUCAAAGACCUAUAUAUUAAACUUCUAAUUGAAGCUAACUGGAUUCAGAAUCAAUACAAGAUUUAGGCGCUUCUCUGCUAUACUUUAAGAUGACAUCACCAGAACUAUUCAAUUCUGGUCAGAAUUUGGAUUUUGACACCAAUAAUCAGCAAUGUGAAUCUGUUUUUCUUCCGUUCACUGCCAGUGCCAGGUUAAUGUAUAUAUUUUAACAUUCAGUCAUAUAUUUUCUUUACCCUGUAAAAUAAGAGACGACUCCUAGAACUUUUUCUUUAUAGAAUAUAUUGUCACAUCUAGACUUGUCAAUUGGGUGGAUCGGGUUAAUUUGAAUAGCAUUUCAAUUCAUUUUGAAUUUGAACCA